AUGGCUACGGAGCCCACCCUCCCCAUCCCGAUCUCGUAUAUCGCGGGUAACUACUAUCUUUUCUCUAUUGAUGCCGUUACGUAUUUGAGACGGGAACAUCACAUCUGUGGUGUCCUGAUUGGCACUCUGCCGCAAAUCCCACAACAAAAUGUCUUCCUGGGAUUGCCGCUGGAGCUGAUGCCGGAGGAGGCGAGGCUGCUGGUGGAGAAAGAUCGCAAGACGUAUCUCCGUGAGCUAGAAUCCCAAGGCCUUCAAGCUAUGCGGCUGCAAGCCAGUCGGAAGGAGCAACAGAGAGAGAAAUCGUUAAAGAAAUUAGAAGAAAAGAAAGCAAAAGCUGCCAAAUCAAAGAAAUCCUCUGAGGAUCCUGAACCUGCACCUGCUGUCGCUGAUGGGCCUAAGGAUGACCCAUUGGUCGACCUCUUCGCAGACAGUCAACCGUCAAGUCAUAGUCAAACCACCUCUCGACGUACCUCCACGACUGUCGCCCCCGAGAAUGCCAUGGGCAUCACGCCCGCAACGGCUCGUCCGCCUCUCCCAGCUGAGCCCUCUGCCGAGCAGCUGCUGCCGAUGCCUCAGGUUCCCUCGUCUUAUCCUUUGUUUGCUCAUCUUCAUGCCGAGGGUUAUUUCCUGUCCCCGGGUCUUCGAUUUGGCUGCCAGUAUCUUGCCUAUCCGGGUGAUCCCUUACGAUUCCACUCUCAUUUCUUGGUUGUCUCUGCCGAAUGGGACGAAGAGGUCGAUUUGAUGGACAUCAUCGCCGGAGGUCGACUGGGUACUGGUGUGAAGAAGGCAUUUAUGAUUGGAGGUGCUGAGAAGAAGGAGAACACUGCCGAUGAAGAGAGUGUGAGAACUUUCAGCAUUGAGUGGGCAGGAAUGUGA